GGGGCGGGAGAAAGCCUUUGGAACACAUUGUAAUGGCUGUAUUCCAUUUGAAGAGACCGUUGAGAAAAUGACUGAGGAAAACAACGGGAUAAUACCUCCAUUUGUAGAUGUCUUUGGUAAGACCCACACGUUCAAAACAAAAGAUUCACAAGGGAUGGUUUCGCAAAACGCCACUCGGAUUAAUAAUGAUAUUAUGAGAAGGGCCGAAGAAUUAAGAGCCGAAGGGAUAGACAAUCCAGAUAAAGAUGCCAUCUUCUUGGAGCUUCAUGGUAAGGUGAAGAAGAGAAAGCAGAUUCCCGGUGCAGGAAGUGUAACAAAAUUAUACUUCCCGUCAGCUACUUCAACAUAUGCAUCUGGACAUUCGAUAGGCAGCGACCCUAGGAAGAUGGACGAGCUCUACGAGCAACGACUUCAAGAAGAACGGGAGCGAAUGGAAGCCCAAAUGGAAGCCCGGAUGGAAGAGAGAGUUAGAAAGAUAGAAGAAGCGUCGGAGAAGAAAAUGGAAUUGAUGAAGGAAGUCGGAGAAGAAAAUUGA